AUGUACGACGCCGCCCACGCGGCCUGGAUCGGGGGCACCAAGCUGCUGCAGUACGGCGAGCUCCUGCCCGGCGGCGCGGCCAAGGCCCUGGCCGUGCUGGCCGCGGGGGCGCGCCCCGCGCGCGGCGACGCCACCGGGGCCACGGCCGGCCUGGGCCAGCUGGUGCUGGAGUUGGGCAUGGGCCGAGGCCGGCUGGCGCUGCAGCUCUUCCUCAGCGGCGCCACGGUGAUCGGCGUGGAGCUGGCCAGCGAGAGGUACGGCCUCGCAGUAGCGGCGAUGGAGAGACUGGCGCACCGCUCCCCCGAGGACUUCGAGAUCGUGCACCGCGGCGCGCAGUCCGUGCGGCUGCGCCGCUGCGGGGGGCCCAAGAGCGCCCUCUACGAGGUGCGUUUGGGGAGUUUCUUCGACGUCGUGACCGACGAGGAAAUAGGCGUCGCCACGCUCGUCUUCCUCCACGUGAGCCUCCCGCCGCCCACGUGGUCCCGCGUCCGCGGCCUCGUGGCGCGGACGCGCGCGGGGUGCCGCCUCCUCGCCUACGAGGACCUCGCCGCGAUGUGGGAGCGGCAGCCCGACGCCCCGCCGCUCACGGCCGCCCGGGGCGUCCAGCUCGCCUGCAGCUGGGCCCCCGAGGAGGGCCACCGCUUCCUGCUCUGCGAGCGCGUCCCCGAGCCGCCAGGCGGCCCGGCCUCCUCCGCCCACGAGGCCCCGGCCCCGGUGGCCGAGGGCUCUCCCGGCGGACCGCCGUGGCCCGCGGAGGCGGCGCGCUCCGGCGCCGCGGCGCCGCCCGCGCCGGUGCCCACCGCGAAGGCGCUGUCCGCGCUCUCGGCGAAGGCCGCGGCGAAGCGCCUCGGCCGCGUGGGCUGA